GCACAACACUUACCAUUGGAUGGGGGUGGACCUCCUGAGAUUGGGGGCCCUCCCCCAUCCAGUGGCCCCUGUUUUACAGUCUGGAUUGCACCAGACUGUAAAGCAGUGGACUCUGAAAAAAAGAAGAAGAAAAAAGUAGAUUGCAAGAGCAGUUAGUGUUCUCUUGGACAAAGGGAGAUGCAACUUUGUCCAUUCAUUAAAAUAGUCAAUUAUUUCAUAUCAAAGCCAAACAUGGGAAACAAUAGGUUUUCACGCGUCACCCGUUAGCAAUCACUUUCCCUGUGUACCGAGGGUUAAUGUUUGCAAGUAUCAAAGCCUUCAAGGUUGUAAGUAAUGCAAGAUUCCAAUUGGUUCUGUAAUACCUCUCAUUCUGAUAUUAUUUGACCAUCUUUAUUCCGGUUCCAGCUUUAUGAGUUAUAAUUAAUGCUUAAGUUCUUUACUAAUUUAACAGUUAGUACUUUCAAUUUCCAGAUUGUUGACAGAAGAUCCGCAUCAGAGACUUGGAGCUAGAGGAGCAUCAGAGGUGAAGCAGCAUGUAUUUUUCAAAGAUAUCAACUGGGACACCCUUGCAAGGCAAAAGGCUGCAUUUGUUCCUACUUCAGAGAGUGCUGUUGAUACUAGUUACUUCACAAGUCGCUACUCAUGGAAUACUUCAGUGGAGCAAGUAUAUCCACCAAGUGAACUUGAUGAUUCCAGUGAUGCUGACAGCUUAAGUGGAAGCAGUGGUUGCCUGAGCAAUCGCCAGGAUGAAGUGGGAGAUGAAUGUGGAGGCCUUGCUGAAUUUGAGUCUGGAUCAUCUGUCAAUUAUUCCUUCAGUAAUUUCUCUUUUAAGAAUCUCUCCCAGCUUGCAUCAAUUAACUAUGAUCUGCUUUCUAAAGGAUGGAAAGACAAGCCUUCAAAUUCUAAUGCAUAACAGGGAGCUUUCACUUUCUUCUUGCCAGAAGAUGGGUUUGAGUUUUUGAGAUUAGACUGACAUCCCAAAUUUAAGAGUUCUCAUCACCGUGAUGUUUGUAUAGUUUGUACAUAGAUUGAAGAGAAUUCGAGACUAAACUGCUUCAGGAAUCAGGAUGUGUUCUUUCUAGGUAACGCCUUUAUACCAUUGAGUUUCUGUUCUGCUCUUAAGGUGCUCUGAUCCCAGGACAUUAGUGUAACUUGAUCUGUGCAUACCAUGGUAUUUGCCUACAGUCAUUGGCAUAUUAUGGUGUAAUAACUUGUGAUUUUUUCCUUCAUAGCAAUGAAAAACACAUCCCUUC